AUGAUCAACCUGAAUAUGGAUGAUGACGUACAGUUUGUGAGAAGAACUCUGAAAGUCAAAAAGCCUCGAUUUGAUGCAUCCUUGGUUUAUUUGACACGAAAAUUCAUGGAUCUUGUCAAAACAGCUCCAGAUGGUGUCCUUGAUUUAAAUGAAGUAGCAACAACACUUGGAGUACGAAAACGAAGAGUGUAUGACAUCACCAAUGUGUUGGAUGGAAUCCACUUAAUUCAGAAAAGAUCUAAGAAUCUUAUCCAGUGGGUAGGUUCUAAUCUUGACCAAGUUGUCGGAAAAGCACCGGAGCAGCAAAACCUUAAAGAUGAACUUUCUGACUUGUCAGCCAUGGAGGAAGCUCUCGAUGAAUUAAUCAAGGAUUGUGCUCAUCAGUUAUUUGAGCUAACAGAUGACAAAGAAAAUGCAAAACUAGCUUAUGUGACAUAUCAAGAUAUCCGUAGCAUUCAGGCAUUUCAAGAACAGAUUGUGAUUGCAAUCAAAGCUCCAGAGGAAACCAAAUUGGAAAUACCAAUUCCUAAAGAAGAUUGCAUAGAAGUACAUGUGAAGAGCACAAAAGGACCCAUUGAUGUCUAUCUAUGUGAGGUGGAACAAGAGAAGCCAGGUGCCAAAAGUUUUGAAGAUAUGGAUACUGUCACUUCUGAAACCAAGCCAUCAGUUCCUCCUGAGGAAGUGAGAUCUCCAGGGGAAGAAAAAAAACAAACCACCUGAGAUGACCGAUUAAUUACAGUUCAAAAAUCUAAUACAGAAUGUAAAUAUCUGUGUUAUAGAGCUUU